CACUGGAGCUCAUCAAGUAAUUGUAUAAAAUUAAUCAAGUUGUUUAAUUUUUUAAAUAAUUAUAAAAAUAUUAAAUUUACAUUAUGAACAAUUCUAAUACAAAUGAUUUAGUGGUAUGUUUUAAUUUUAUUAAAUUUUUUAAUUAAAGACAAUACAAUAAGUUGUUAAUUUAUUUUAUUUUGUGUACUUAUAUAAUUGUGUUCUUUUAAAAAUCAUGUAAAAUAAAAUUGAUUGGAUCUAAUGUGGAAUAAAUGGACGUCGGUUUUAAAUUGUUGAAACUUGGAAUAAAUUAAGAAGCCCUGUGUCCUAGAGGUUUCAGCGAUUUAACCGGAAAUCAAAUGACCCAGCGACAUGUGUACGAAAGUUUGGAACAUCGUGGGCCAUUGGAUUUCUUGGCACAAGUGAGAACGAGAUUUCAAGAUAACACCGAAGACUAUGACGAUUUUUUGGAUUCAUUUCGUUCAUAUUACGAUGGAGAAAUUGAUGAAGUUGCAUUGAUAACUACAGUGGGACGACUAUUCAAAGGACAUCCAGAUUUAAUUGCUGGAUUUUCUACAUUUUUACCAUCGGAAUAUCGACGACUACUUGCUGAUACAAUGAUAUAAACUGUGAUUUAAAUUGUGAUUUUAGUUUUAAGAAAAAAAUUUAUGUGCAUACGUUUGAUUGUGUUUUUAUAUAACAAAUUCCAAAAAGAAAAAAAAAAAGACUGGGAAUUUGAUUUUAAAAUUAAUUUUGACUCAAGAUAUUUGUCUGAUGAAUCAUAGCUGUAUAUAAUUUUUUAACAAGAAAAAACAGUUUGCCAAAUGAAUGAA